AUGGCUCGCCCCCCGCCCAGCCCCGGCCAGAGCCUGGGCAAGAGGCGGUUUCCCCGCACUCCGCUGGCUGAAUGGACCUGGCCGUCGUCGGUCUCGCUGUCCGGCCCGCGCAGGACGCCCCGGGUGCCCUGGGGGCCCCUGCUGAGGGCCCUGGGCCGCUUCAGGCUGUCCCUGCCCGACAUCCGCCAGCGCGAGAAGAUGCUGUCCACCUACGACCCCUUGUCCCUGGAUCACUCCCCGCACCUGUCCGAGGAGGAGGAGGAGGAGGAAGAGCCCGAGAUCUUCUGGGGCGACCACCAGCCCCUCUCCAAGGUCCCAUAUAAAAUCCUGAGUGGACAUAAGCAUGCUGUGAGCUCCUGCCACUUCUGCGUGAAUGACACAAAGAUCAUUAGUAGCUCCUUUGACUGCACUGUCAAAUUGUGGAAUGCUUUUGAUGGAUCUGUGAUUCGAGAUUUUGAAAAACACCCCAAAGCUCCGGUCAUAGAGUGCAGUAUCACAGCUGACAGCAAAAGAGUUGCCGCCUCGUCCUACGACAAAUCAGUAAGGGUUUGGGACACUGAAACCGGGAAACUGCUGUGGAAGGUCAGAUAUGACACCUUUGUCAUGUCCUGUAAGUUUUCACCUGAUGGUAAAUACGUGGUCACAGCCCUCGAUCUGGAUAAUGGGAUUUGCAUUAUGGAUGCGAAAAACAUCACCAAUGUGAUUCAUGUGAGCCGUCAUCACAAAAGGUCCAUCAUGGCAUGCUGCUUCGACCCUGACAGCCACAGGGUGGCGUCCGUCUCCAUGGACAGGUGCAUCAAGAUCUGGGAUGUCACAACGAAGUCCACGCUCUUCACCAUCAAGAAAGCACACCUCAAUGCCAUCUCAAACUGCUGCUUCACCUUCAGCGGUCAUUUCCUGUGUACCAGUUCCUGGGACAAAAACUUAAAAAUAUGGAAUGUUCACACAGGGGACUUCCGGAACCAGGGGGCCUGCGUCAUGCUGAUGCAGGGCCACGAAGGUUGUGUGAGCUGCUGUCACUUUGCUACAGACAACUCUUACCUCAUUUCCGGAGGGCUGGACAACACCGUGGCCAUCUGGGAUGUGGGAGAAGGCUACCGGAAGCUGUCCCUGACGGGCCAUACUGACUGGGUGAUGGACGUCUCAGUCAGUAAUAGCAACAAAUGGAUCCUGUCUGCUUCCAAGGAUAAGACCAUGAGACUAUGGAAUAUCGAAGAAAUUGAUGAAAUUCCUUUGGUGAUGAACUACAAAAAGGCUAUGGGCUUGCAGAUGCAACAGUGCAAACAAUGCAACAAGCCUUUCUCCACUGAAAGUGACACCUCCUCUGAAAUUUUCACCAAGUGCAUGUUCUGCCGGAGAGAGGAAGAUGACGACCAAGCCCAGGUUUCUUUUUCACCACAAGAUAACAGCCAGGCCAACUGAUGGCCACCAGGUCCGGAGUGAUGGCGCGUGGGCCACUUGUCAUGCAGGUGGCGGAGUCCUGCUGUAGGAAGCCUUCUGUGGGUCACCGCCACAGGGCAAUUGGCUCUCCAGGCAUGCUACAGGGGACCAGCCCACAGUACCCCUAGUGGGGUCAAUCACUUUAAUUUUCAAAUAGAAAUAAACAUAGAUUCCUCUGGAAAACAGAUGUACAAGUCAAUCAUUGAAGUAGCUUUUUUUUUUAAAGUGCCAGUACUGGGGCUUGAACUUAGGGCCUGGGUACUGUCCCUGA